AUGGACACCCCACCUGACGUCGAAUCAGCCUUUCUAAUUUACAAUUUUGAAACGAGUCCAAUUCGAAAUGCUGAAAAAUCAAGCAUCAUAAAGCAAUUUAACAAAAAAAUUAGGAGACAUGAAAAGGUCCUACUAAACAGCCACUACAAACAUGUGAAUAAUUUUUCCUACUCUACAGACAUAUUUCACAAUUUUUAUAAAAUAACAGAAUACUAUCUUUUAAAAUAUGUUAACAGUAUCAUUAUCGAUUCUACCCUAUUUUUUAAGUGCGUUCACCAGGUAAAAAGUGGCUCCUCUGGUUUGGCCCAAAAUGAUGAAGACAGGUUACAAAAGGGUCAUUGCCCAAGUGAGGAACCUGAGGAGGGGAACAAACUGGUGGGAAAUUUGAAAACCAACAGUGACGUGCCAGCCGACUUUACCUUUGAUUGUGUAAUUCUGCGCAACUUUGUAGAAAAUUUCAAACGGGUGAACAGUUCAAGUGUGCGAAUUUCCAAGCCGGGUGGAAAGGAAAACAAAAAAGGAAAGUCGCAAAAGGAAGACAUUAGUGAAGAUGAAAACGGGGGAAGUACCACCAACAAUGCAGAAGCCAACCCUAGAGGAGGCACAGAGGACACUCAAUAUUGCCCAUUUAGAAAGUCCUUCCUAUACGAACUGUGCGAAGUGUACAGCCGCUUCCAUAACAAGAAAAACAGAAUGAUAUGUAUUACCAAAAUUUUCCGCAAAAUUGUUACCAGGAAGCAAAUUAGACAAUUCAUAUGCGAAAAUGAUAAGAGGAAAAAAAAAAAUUACCUACGAUUCUUUCUCAAUUUAUCUUUGGGUAUUUUUAUAUACCUCUACAUGCACAGGUACAUCAAAAAGAACUACAGAAAUGUAGAAUUUUUUAUAUUUUUGAAUACCCCCCAAAAUUUUCAACACAUAUAUGUCAACAUGGUGCCCCACAUGGGAAAGGAACAAAUGUAUAGCUUCGCCAAGUUCGUAAAAUCGCUAAACAUCCGAAUGUUUCGAUACGUGUACAUAACGUUCUUUGUGAACAUAUACAAGUACGUUAACUUAAUAUACAACGUCACGCUUUUGACGCUUUAUAACUAUUUUAAAUACUUAAAUGAGGGCAUGAAGAGGGAAAAGGAGUCACUCCCACUGGAAAGGGAAGAACAAAUGGAGGAGGGAACAUACCUGACGGGGGUCCAGCCGAACAUAUGCGCCAAUGACACAACAUUGGAAGGAAGCAACCGCAGCAGUGAAAAAAACUCACCGAAUGAGGAUAACCAAGCCAAUUCGCUCAGAAAGAACAUGCAAAACAACCAAAACGGGUUGAAAAGAGACGUAGACACAGAAAGCGCUGCACCAAAUAUACAGCAAAACUGUGAACGGGUGAAUAGCUCAAUCGGUGAAAAGUCCCCAAACGAACUGAAUUACAAAAGGGAAACGGAAGAUACAUCAACUUGGAGUGGAAGACAACACUACAAACCAACCCCCCCUAACUGCAGCGAAGAACAUACCCACGAAAUCAUCCUCAGCUGUUACGUUUACCUUUUCAUAUUCUACCACUACAUAAGGGAAACCAGAAAAAGGAUGAAAUCAGAAAUUCUGAGGAUACAAAAUGAUGUUAAAAAAAUGAUUGCCUUAUUUGUUAAAAUAUAUGACAUAAAUAAAAAAGGCAAUAAUAAUGAGAACGGGACCAUGGGUGAAUACACCAAGGACGGGACAGACGAUUUGCUUGGCAGUCUAUCCAGCAGCGGGGACCCCACAAACCCUACUGCCAAUCCUGUGCAUUCCCUACAUUUUAACUUCAUACAAAUGAGCAAAUGCUACAGAAGCUGCGUAAAAAGGAAUUAUGAACUCAUCAAAUCGGUUCACAUGUUCCAUUUAUUAUUAAAACAUUUUUACAAAUACUUCCCCAUUUUGAAUGUAAAAAAUGAUAAGUGCAUCAUAUACAAUUAUUCAAAUAAGCAUUUUAUACAUUACGCCAAAAUGGUUGAGAAAAAUGGAUGCAUCGAAAAUAUACUCUGUACCGAAGAAAAAAAUAGACAGAAGGGAAGUGGAAACAACCCCCCUUUGGACGUCUUUAAAAAUGUGAAGGAUUACGAGUUGGAUUUUUUUUACUUCCACGAGAAGAACGACGAAGAGGAAAUAAUCAAAGAUUUAGUGCAGAGCAGGGAAGAGGAAACUUUUGACCAUUUAUUUCGGGCUGGUCAAGGGGACAAAGUUUCGUCUGCUGAAUUUCCGCGAGUAUCUGCGGAGGGGCAUCCCGUAAGCGAGAGCGAAGGCAUAAAUGAGCAAAAAGAUGAGGAAGACACACUGGGUGAAGACUCCCUGGAACCCUCGAAAGGCAUUUUCUUAAAUUGCGUUAACAAUGGCCUGGAUGGUCUUCUGCUCAGAGCUGGCGCAGAAAUGGGGGGCACUCCGGGGAAAACGCAACGAGACGGAUACGCUUCAAUAGCGCACAACUCAGGCAGUGACAAUAUUUGCGAUCCGCACUCUUCUCACAACGGUGCCAAUUUUGCUACCCUAAGAAAGAGCCCCAUACUGCAGCUUUUACAGAGUAAUAUAAAAAUUUACCGCAAAAUAGCUGCCGUGAUGGAAACCUUCUCCAGCAGCACAUUCGAAGGAACAAUAAAAAAUUGCCUAGAUGACUUGAACAGAUAUAAUGAAAACGCCCUGAAAAUCUACGACGAUAACAUUUUCGACAUGCAACACAAAAUUGAAAGAGAGUCCACCCUGGAGAGUGAAGAGUCAAGAAGAAACAAAAAGCUAUUACAAGUGAAAAUCUUUUUGGACUAUGAAAAACUGUAUACGAAAAAAACGGUUGAGACGCAAACACCUGUUUCUUUUUUUAGAAAAGAAAAGGUCAUUCAAAUUCCAAAGGAUGAAGGAGUUUCCACAACAUCGGAACAGUACAUACAGGCGAAAAGGGUGGAGAAUCCUAUUUUUUAUUUGAAAGAUAUAUACGAUUAA